GUUACCUCUUCUCCUACUUUAUUCUCAUAUCCAUCAUCAUUUCCACUACCGACGACAACAUCAUCAUCCUUUCUCAACGGAUACUGAACAAAAUCGUAGACGACAGCCAAGGUAUUACUGUCUUAUCAGCCAGUCACCAUGGAGACGCACUUGUCUCAGCAGCCAGAUCAGUCGAGCUCAUCGCAGCGACAAUACACAACUGUUGGCUCGGUCUGGCACCCUCAGUCGAUGCCGAUGCAGCCUCCGGCACGUCGUGGUCGAGCUCUUCGGUCUGCUAUGCCUAUGCCUAUGUCCGCACUCGAACCUUACUCGGAUGACUCUUUCAAUGCUUUCGGCACUGCACAUCCGUAUUCUCAACCCCACCAUUAUUCGCCUUUGCAGCAGAAUUUUGAUCGUGCCGUCAGUCCCGUCGAGGUUACUCGUCUUCUACCCCCGGAUCCUAGUUUGCAUCUUGAUCAUCCCCGCCAUCUCGACAACCUUGGCCCUCCAGGUAGCCCUGUUCCUAAGCGAGUCACAGAGUUCACGAAACAAUAUUCUUCCACUCCCUCUGUCGAUAUGUCUCAGCAGGUUACUUUAGGUAUUUCGCAACUAUCCCUCAACACUGUUGCGAGCCUCCAUAAAGAUAAUGAAGUAAACAACCACCAUGGUAGAGACAGUAAUACUCACGAGAAUGGUGGAGAGGAAGGAGAGGAUUGCAACAUAAGCUUCAACAACAUGUCAACUAAGACGCUUACAAACUUGGCGUCAUACUCUAACCCUAUGCAGAAAGCUGCACAGAAGAUCCUCACCAGAGCUAGGCAGGCUCCUUCGAUGCCUCACCAUCAAAUCUCUGAUUCCAUCUCGCAGAACGCCGGUGACUUGAAUGUCCCUUUCGGCCUUGGCUCUAGAAAUAUUCGAUCAGAACAAAUCGGCGGCGAGAGUUUGCUUCAUUCCGAUAGACUCGACGGGCGUAGCACCAUACAGCAUCUCGGUCCUCCUCAUGUGAGCGUUGCGACAACUACUACUCGAGAGCGCGGCUCCUACCCAGCGGUUUUAUCGAAGGGUCCAGGAGCUCCACAGCCCCUAACUGCGGGCCCCCCUGGACAGCGUAACUUCCAGCCCUCGAACUUCAACGGAGCCCCAAAUUCGCUACAGAAAAGCUUUGAUAAGUCUUGCGAGUAUGAUACCUUUUAUGACGGCGCCCCUCGUCAUCACCCUUUACCACCCUUCCAAUCCCAGCAGCCUACGCAACCUACACCUCAACAACCCAACCCUUCGUAUAAGAGUGUAGUCUUCCCAUCUUCUCAGCCCCGUGCCUCGCUUAUUGGCAAAUGUGGCGGUAACAGCACUAAGAUGAUCGACACGCUCACUCACGAAGAAGCCAGAAGAUUCUUUCCGAAGGGCCUCCCCACCGACUUCAAUUUUGAUACACAGCAGGUGGGCGAUGAUUGGGCGGCGAUGCACUUGAAAGAAGAAGAAGAGAAGGAGAAUAGUGAGAAGUAUAAGCUAUUAUGGCAGCAACCCCCCGAGUUUCAAAUUGCCUAUAAGGCUAAGCUUGAUCGAGAUUUCUACAACGGAAACUACAUGAUUAACAAGAACCUGAGGGCAGCGAUCCAUGAAAAGAACACCCGCGAUAUAACUCGCUCCCUUGGCUCCAAGUACCAAGAACCCUGGGAUAAUCUGAGGCCCAAGCCUGAGGGUAAGAUUGACGGUCGUUACAUCUCGGUUGAGGAUGCCAAUGCGAUCCCCACGCGUGAGCAUGCUGAGUCGCUCCUAAGCGUGUUAUAUCAGUCUUUAGACAGAAGCCAGGGAUUCUCCUCGCAACAAAAACCGCCCACGGGUGGCGGGUUACGCUAAAUUCCCCCCAGUGCGUAUUCUUAAUUGCAAGAGUUGGCUAAGGCCUCGAAAUACUUCCAAGUUGAAGACUUGGUCUAUACGCGGCAAAAGAGAUGCAAGUAGGAUUGUUAUUACAAGGAGUGGACAUAUGACUUAGGCAGUUGAAAGGCUACUUGCACGACAAGGUCUGGAAAAAAAAGGAAUCAUGAAAGGGGUUGAUGAUGCCAGUCCGUUAGGGAAUUUUCGAGGAUAAUCGACAGUUUGCCUGCAUUCUUCUGAAAGGAUCUCGAAGGCAUAGGAUUACCGCAGUGCGGCGGUAGUUUUGGAUUAGAACAUGGCGCUCAAGCGUGCGUGUGCAUCACGUCUACAGGACAAUAAUGGGCGUUGGCCGGUUGUAUCAGGAUGGAAUCUUCUUCUCUAAUGGAAUGACGACUCUGAGCUUUGUAUGUAAGCAGCUGCUUUGGCACUCAAUGAUUUCAUGUCCUUGCAGUUUUUUUUGUUACUUUUUCUUUUUCUUCUUCUCUUCGUCUCCUAAUAUUUGGCCAGGUAUAGCCUCCUAAUCUUCUCGACCUCUCUAAUUUAAACCAACCCCAUGGAGAUUGUGCAUAUUACUUAGGGAGGGAUGCGUGUCUUUGACAUGACCUCACGGAGGUGUAUGGACUUCUGGGUAUCGUGUUGUAUGUGUGUGUUUGCAUGUGUUUUGUCCAAUGCGUUUGUUGCGCAAGGCUCGUCAGAGUGAAUCCCACUUCUUCGUC